AUGCAUAUCAACGCGAUUAGAAGGGCCAAGGAGAGGAGUCGGUCUGGCUCGUUAGAAGGUCAAUUGCUCGACUCUAUAGCGGAGCACAGCAACUCCAACCAUGAAAGCGGCAGACAGAGCGAGAAUAACGAAGGAGCUUUUAGCGAGGCGCGGGAGGCAGGAGAAACCGGAGCAGGUACCGGAUUAGAGGAGGAUUGUGAUUUAGGGGAUGAUGGGUCUGUGGAUAUGGCGAGCUACAGUGAUUAUGGCCUUUCGUUUGAUAUGGUUGGGAAGGGCGGAGCAAACGGGGAGGAGCAGGUGGGCUUCACAGAUAAGUUCAGGCAAGUGGGAAAGCGUAACCAGAUGCAUAUCAACGCGAUUAAAAGGGUUAAGGAGAGGGAGAGGAGCCGGUCUGCCUCGUCAGAAGGUCAACUGCUCGACUCUAUAACGGAGCACAGGAACUCCAAUCGUCUGAGUGGCAGUGGCAGACAGAGUGAAUAUAACGAAGGAGCUUCUAGCGAGGCGCGGGAGGCAGGGGAAACUGGAGCAGGUACCGGAUUAAAGGAGGAUUGUGAUUUAGGGGAUGAUGGACACGUGGACAUGGCGAGCUACAGUGAUUAUGGCUUGUCGUUUGAUAUGGUUGGGAAGGGCGGAGCAAACGGGGAGGAGCAGGUGGGUUUCACGGAUAAGUUCAGGCAAGUGGGGAAGCGGAACCAGAUGCAUAUCAACGCGAUUAAAAGGGUUAAGGAGAGGGAGAGGAGCCGGUCUGCCUCGUCAGAAGGUCAACUGCUCGACUCUAUAACGGAGCACAGCAACUCCAAUCGUCUGAGUGGCAGUGGCAGACAGAGUGAAAAUAAUGAAGGAGCUUUUAGCGAGGCGCGGGAGGCAAGGGAAAACGGAGCAGGCACCGGAUUAAAGGAGGAUUGCGAGUUAGGGGAUGAUGGGUCUGUGGACAUGGCGAGCUACAGUGAUUACGGCUUAUCGUUUGAUAUGGUGGGGAGGGGCGGGGCAAACGGGGGGGAGCAGGCGGGUUUUACGGAUAAGUUCAGGCAAGUGGGGAAGCGGAACCAGAUGCAUAUCAACGCGUUUCGGAGGGACAAGGGCUGGGGCAGGGAUGGCGCUGAAUUGAUAGUAGGUGGGUUGAAUGACUCUAUAACGGUGCAGUCCGGUUUUAAGGUUGGUGGAGGGGGUGGGGGAGAGGGCGGAAACACGAGGUGCGGAGGUUUGGGUUCCGUUGAAGCGGGUAGCAUGGCUGUUGCUGGGGGCAGCGUUAGUGGCAGCAGGGGAGGCAGGGCUUGUGCUAGUAGCGAGAGUGACUGUAACGAGCGGGUGUUUGAUGCGAACACUGCAGCAGUGGCAGGGGAAGGCAGGGCUGACAAGGGUGGGGAGCAGCAGGCUGGUGAGGGGGACGCUGGGGGGAGCGCUGGGGAGAGCGCUGGGGAGAGCGCUGGGGGGAGCGCUGGGGGGAGCGCUGGGGAGAGCGCUGGGGAGAGCGCUGGGGGGAGCGCUAGGGAGAGCGCUGGGGAGAGCGCUGGGGGGAGCGCUAGGGAGAGCGCUGGGGAGAGCGCUGGGGGGAGCGCUGGGGAGAGCGCUGGGGAGAGCGCUGGGGGGAGCGCUGGGGAGAGCGCUGGGGAGAGCGCUGGGGAGAGCGCUGGGGGGAGCGCUAGGGAGAGCGCUGGGGAGAGCGCUGGGGGGAGCGCUAGGGAGAGCGCUGGGGAGAGCGCUGGGGGGAGCGCUAGGGAGAGCGCUGGGGAGAGCGCUGGGGGGAGCGCUGGGGAGAGCGCUGGGGGAGGCGCUGGGGGAGGCGGUGAUGGUGAUGGGUCUCAGGAAGGGCAUGCUGAGCCCUUGGCAUCACUCUCGUUCCGAACAGCAGCGGAUUCUCUCCCCUGCACUGAAGCAACUGCUUCCCUGGCUUGCACUGACGCAAUCACGUCCCUCCCCCGCACGGAAGCAUCUGCAGAAUCCUUUUCUGGGAGCUUGCUGGCGUCAGCAACUCUCCCCUCGGCCUUGCUGUCAGUGCUGGCCAAUAGGGGAGAAGCAAGCUUGGGGAAAUGUCAGCAGCCCCGUCGUCUGUCUGUCCCCUGCCGCCCGGCCUCGGCCGCCAGGUGGCGUGCCACGUGUGGCCUGCCGUCUCGUGCGGCCAUCGAGAGAGAUGCUGAGCUGGCUGCCAGGCUGGCAGAGAUCCGAGCUGGAUACGCUGGGCGGUGGGUGGGAGAGGAUAAGAUCGGGCGGGAGGGCUCGGGGGUACACAGUCAGCUGGAGAGUCGGGCAGGGGAAGAGGAAGGGGAUGGAGGGAUGGUGGAGGAGAGAGUGGGAUUGGGGGAGGGCUGGGGAGAGGGAGAGGGAGAAGUGUUGGUGGAGGAAGUGCCGUUAACUUUGGAGAGAAUUGAAGCAGCUUUUAGUCGAUUCAGUAGCGUUGUUGAUUUGUGUGAGCGAGGAGGGGGAGAAGGAGGGGUAGAAAGGGGCGAAGGAGACGGGGAAGGAGUGAGAGGAGAGGAGGAAGGGGUGGGAGGGGAAGGGGAAGGGGUGAGUGGAGAAGGGGAAGGAGUGGGUGGAGAAAAUGAAGGAGAGAGAGAAGGAAAAGAGGGUGGAGAAGGAGAGGAGAAAGGAGUGAGAAGAGAGGGAAGGGAGGCAGGGGAUGGGGAGCAAGAGGAAGGGGGGAAGGGAGGGGAAGGAGGAGAAAGAGCACAGGGAGGGGAGGAGGUGGCGAGGGUAGUGGGCAGGAUAGAGGAGGCAUUUGACCGACUCAGCAGCCAUGUUGACGAGCUGGCAGCACUCAAGGCACAACAGGUUGCUGCUGCUGCCAGUGCUGCUGCUGCUGUCAGUGUUAGUGCUGCUGCUGCUGGCAUUGUUACUGCUACUGCAUCUGCUCCUGCUGCCAGUCCUUGUGGUGCUGCUACUGUGCGGAAUGUAGCUGCUGCUACUGUGGGGAACGCGGCUGUCCCUGCUGCUAAUGCUGGCAAUCCAGUGAAGAGGGUGUAUAGUAUCCGAGUGAAACCGGCCCACAUGCAUGCUGCUGUGAGGGCAGCCGUGCAGGCAGUGCAGGCUGUGCCAUGGGGGCAGGUGGGGCAAAGGGAACGGGGGCAAGGGGUGCACGGGCGAGGCAUCUCAACUGCAGAAGCAGCAGAAGGAAGUGCAGCAGAAAGUGCUUCCUGGAAGGGGUUAGUGCCGGAUCAGCUGCCAAUCACCACCGUUGGUGCUGAAACUGCUGUGCGUGAUUCGAAUGCACCUGCUGCAUUCAACGGCCCAGAUGCCCCGGCUGUGUUUCCGGAUCCAGAUUCCCCUCCUCAUAGGGUAACAGGUGAUGGCUACGUGGAAUCUGCCCCUGUACCGUUCUCAACCGUUGUAUUUCCUGCAGAAUCAUCACUCUGCUCCGAUGAGGAUAUUCUGGCAGCAGCAGCAAUGGUCGAGGCAGCCAUAGGGAGUUUCGCCGCAGACUCCAGGAAGCAUGCAGGGCAACACAGGACAGCAACGGGAUGGGCCAGAGGAGAGGAGAAAGGAGGGAGCAGGUCGUGA